AUGACGACUACAUGCGCAGGGCGCGCUCCACCAAAUCUACCGUCGAAGGAGGACUUCCUGGCCAGUCUCGAACCAGACCCUUGUCCUAUCUGCUAUGAAGGAAUCUCAGAGCCGAUCAGAGUAGCGUGCGGUCACAAUUUCUGUGUCCGUUGCGCAAUCACGUGGUUUGAGGAUCAUAAUACAUGUCCGACAUGUCGGAAAGAGCUGUAUGUAGGGGAAGUGCCGGAAUUCUACGAGGAUGAGGGUGAUGGUGAUGAGGCCGUGAGUGGUCAUGUGGAUGCAGACUUUGGUGCACGGGAGGUUGAGGAAAUGAGUGCGCCGCUAGCAGGAACGACGAUUGCGCCAAGUGAUGAGGAUAUGGACAGCGACAUGCAACCGAAUCAUUCUACACGCGAGGCUGAGGAGAUGAAUCCACGCUCAGUAGGAUCGAUUAUCGUAACACCAACAAGUGAGGUCCUCCGGGCACGUCUGGAUCAGAGACAGAUGAGAAGAAACCGACAGGCAACACUACCUCAGCGCGAUAUGACCAAUAUGAACCGGUUUGUUGACCGGCUCAUCGAUGAUGACAACACACUUGACCUCCUUGCGGACAUGCCCCAUUACAUACCAACCCAUCGCCGCGGCUUUGGGGACUGGGAAACGGCGUAUAUGAGGGCUACUCGGGAGAUGACGCCAGCGACACCACAAGCUGAGCGCAGGUUAUACACGCCGUUCCCGGGGAACUCACGGGCUUACAGGGUCAGGGAUCCUACGCCUUUCCCAGAUUCUGAAGAUGACGCUUCACCUCCUCUGGCUUCCCUGAACGUCGGUAUGAGCCCGCCAUAUUCACCUCAGCAGAUGUCUGGCGGUGUGGAACGAUGGCGUGCACCAGAACUGGCCCCAGUCUCGGACCCUAGUAGGCAUGUCGAUAGCACCUCACGGAGUCAAGAGCUGGAAUCGCAGCGAGCCUUCAGUGAGACACGCAUAACGGGAAGUGCUCCACAACCUCGUAGAGAUGCGACGGCGGGGACUGGCACGACCUUUGAGACGAGAUGCCCAUGCGGAGCAUGGCUAGCCUCCGAAAUGCCCAAGGAGUGCCUCCGUGACUUCGAUGACAGACAAUGUGUACAAAGCAUCAUCAACGACCCAGGCUGUAAAGAAGUCCCUUUUCCAUCUCGCACCAUUACCCGGAACUCGACAAUCCCCUCCCUCUUCAACAGGACCCUCGCGACAUUGGAUACUCUCCGCGCUUGCCAAUCGUACCUAAGAGUCCGAGAUGUCAAGGAAGGCGAAACCGCCGACACCAAAGACGGCAAAAAGAAAGAAGCCCUCCUCGUCGCCAGUCUCGGCCACGGUCUUGAUGGCCACCCAGGUCUAGCACACGGUAGCACAAUCGCCACGCUCUUCGACGAAGGCCUUUCGCUCGGCGCAUUGCAGGUGCUGGAUAAGAAAUUCAUGACAGCGGAGUCGACGAUCAAGUACGAGGGAGCUGUGCCGACACCUAGUAAUUACUAUGUGGCUGCGAAGUGGUGGCAGGCGUGCUAA